AUGGGCCCCUGUACCGCCUCCUCAUGCUGCUGCCAGGCCCGUAAUCUGCCAUGGGCCCCCGUACCGACUCCUCAUGCUGCUGCCAGGCCCGUAAUCUGUCAUGGGCCCCUGUACCGCCUCCUCAUGCUGCUGCCAGGUCCAGAGUGUGUCAUGGGUCCCUGUACGGCCUCCCAUUGCUGCUGUCUCUAUCGCCACACUCUGCCAUGUGCCACUUUCAGGUCUCCUCACACUGCUGGUGGUUUCCAUUUUUGUCAUAGGGUGCUGUAUGGCCUCCCAUUGCUGCUGCCUCCACCGCCACACUGUAGCUCCACACUCUGGUUUUGGCCCCGUGACUGCCCAAAUGAGUGAAGUGUGCGGUGAUUCUAAGAUCGACGGCACUCAUCUGCAUGUCAUACUGACUGACAGUAUUAUUUCUCUUCCCCAGCAGACUCCAAGGGCAUUUAAAUUAAAGGUACAGUGUUCUGCACUAAUAUUA